CCAAAAUAUGAAAGGCUCAAUAACGAAAAUAAGAAAAACUAAAUAACAAUGUGUUAAACAUUUUUUUAUUUGUUGCUUGGUAAAUAAUUGCUUUAAUGUGAAUUGGUCUCCCGUGUUUUGUUUCACUUAAAAAACGGAAUAAUUAGUAUCCAGGCUUUAAAGAUAGCUUCUUCUACCAAGCUUUUAUGCUAAAAACCUGUGCUUAGAUAAAGUGGCUGAUAUGAAGUUUAUUGUCUUAGUUUUGAUUUAACGUGUUACAUGGAGUUUUAAGUAUGAAUUUUUGAGUUUCUAAAAUAUUUUCAACAUGUCGACUAAACAAAUAAAUACCAAUAGCCCUCUGCCGCCUUUAGGCUCAUUUAAAACGGACAAAAACUUAGAAAAAAGCUUUGGAUCAAAAGAACUGACUGAACUAAUGAGUAUUAUUGCAGAAGGUCCUUUUCGUAAACCGCUUCACAACAUUGAAAAAAUGGAAAUAUCAUCUCCUUCAAGUACGCAGUCUAAUGUCGAUCCAAAUAUCUUCCUAAAAGAUUUAAGUACACUUGAUCCGGAGAUCAUAUUCUCAUUCCUUAAAAAAAGCCCAAAGAUACUAGAUAGCUUUGUUGAAGAACAUGUCAGCAUUGAAAUGUUAGAGUUAUGGCUGGGUGGAAAGACCUAUACAAAAUUUCAAGACAAUAUUUCUUUAGCAUCUUUAGUUGAACAAACAUAAAUUUGCAAACCAUAAAAGAAGGUUCUACAUUACCUUGUUAUGUUGCUGCUACACUUGAAACUGUUAUUUGUGAAAAACCUUUUACUGAUCAGAGAUUUCCUCAUGGUGUUAAUGAUACAGAUGAAAACAUUGCUUCUAUAUUAUGCUCGCCUAUUAUUCUUCCACAUGGCGAUUUAGCAGGUAUUCUACAGUUAAAUCGUGCAUUUGGUACACAAGCAUUUACUGAAAAAGAUAACCAAAUUGUGAAUGGAUAUUUAGCAUGGGGAGGAAUUGCUCUUCAUUAUGCUGAGAUGUUUCAAGGCAUGCAGAAACAAAGAAAACUUAAUGAUUUUUUAUUAAGCGUAACCAGAUCUAUAUUUCAAGAUAUCGUUAGUAUGGAUAAAGUUAUUAUGAAAAUUAUGAACUUUGCCCAGACAUUAGUUGAUGCUGAUAGAACUUCUCUUUUUUUGGUUGAUACCAAAACAGAAGAACUCUAUGCAAGAAUUUUUGAUAUUGGAAUAGGAUUGGAUACUAAACUUCGAAAAGAAAUAAGGUUUCCUAAAUCAAAAGGAGUUGCUGGUUAUGUUGCUACAACAGGUGAAACACUGAACAUAAAGAAAGCUUAUGAUGAUCCUCGUUUCAACAGGGAGAUUGAUCAACAAACUGGAUAUACAACACACUCACUUUUAUGUAUGCCGAUAUUUAUCCGGGGAAAUAUUAUUGGAGUUGUGCAAAUGGUGAACAAGAAGAAAGGUGUGUUUACACCUAAUGAUGAAAAAGCUUUUCAAACAUUUGCUGUGUAUUGUGGACUUGCUCUUCAUCAUGCUAAGCUUUAUGACAAGAUACGCCGCUCAGAGCAAAAGUAUAAGGUUGCUUUAGAAGUUUUAUCAUAUCAUAGUACUUGUAAUGAAAAUGAAAUAUGGGCUGUAAGAAACUGUGAGAAAAAAACUAAAUGGGAAGACAUUAGCAGGUUUGAGUUUAAUGCAUUUGAUUUAAAAGAAUUAGAAAUGGCCAGUAUAUCUAUUGAUUUGUUUCGAGACCUUUUUCAAUCUGAUAGUCGCUUUGAUUUGACUGAGUUGACACGGUUUGUUUUAACUGUAAGAAAAAACUACCGACGUGUGCCUUAUCAUAAUUGGACACAUGCUUUUACUGUAGCCCAUUGCAUGUAUUGUGUUGUGAAAUCUUCUGCAGGAAUCAUUGAUGGUUUAGAGGCUGUUGCUUUAUAUGUGGCUUGCUUAUGUCAUGAUUUGGAUCAUCGAGGAAAAAAUAAUGAAUGGAUGAAGGUGGAAGGAACUCCUCUUGCCUCAGUCUACACCACUUCUACACUUGAGCACCAUCACUUUAACCAAACUGUUACUAUUCUCCAACAUGAAGGUCAUAAUAUAUUUUCUCAGUUAAGUCAAAGUGAGUAUAAAAGAGUGUUAGCAACUGUUCGUGAUUGUAUUUUGGCAACUGAUCUUGCACAGUUUUUUGGCAAUAAAGCCAAGCUAUUUGAUAUUGUGAAAAAAAAUGAAUUCAAUUGGAAGCUUGAAGAGCACAGAGCAAUGAUGAGGGCAUUGGCCAUGACUUGCUGUGAUUUAUCAGCCUGUGCAAAACCAUGGAAAACACAGUAUGAAACAGUGAAGGUUAUUUUUCAAGAGUUUUAUGCUCAGGGUGAUGAAGAAAAAGCUCUGGGAAGAACUCCUGUGCCUAUGAUGGAUAGAGACACGGCUGAUAAACUACCUAACCAUCAGGUGGGUUUCUUGGUUGGAAUUUGUGUACCAGGGUACGAGUUGUUAGCAAAGUUAAUUCCUGGAACAGUUCCUUUGGUAGAUGGUGCAAAAAAAAAUCUUUCUGUGUGGAAUGCAAUGGUAAAAAAACAAAACGAAGAAAAAGAGAAAAACAACCACGAAAAUGUCGAUAAGGAACAUCUCGCAGUAAACACCAAAGACAUCCAAGAGGUUGAAAAAUCCAAUGAACAAAACGCACGAAGGAAAACAAACGAGUUGAACGCAAUCAAAAAGCCAAAUGAAAACAAUCCGGAUCGAAUUGGAAACAAUCCGGAUGAUUCAAAUUCAGUUGCGCAGUCGGUUGUCAGGUCUCCGGGCAUGUUAUCAGAAGCAAGAAGAAAUAAACUUUUAAAAAAUUCAAAAAGUAGUUUAAGGAUUAAAAAAUAAUUUAAAAUGUUUGAAAAAUUUUCAAACUAUUAGUCACAAAAAUUUAACAAAAUUUGAUGAACAUAAAUAUUUCCAUUGUACAUUUUUAUUUAUUAUAUUUAAGCAUUAGUGUUUCUUUAUUA